AUGAAGUACCUUAUCAUCCAAGUGGAGCAAGAGCUGGUUGAGACCCAGCGGAAGGCGGGUCUGCCGGUCCACCUUCCCCACGACUGUAGCCCACUACGACUCACCACCCCACAAUUGACUCGCCGUCCCACUGCAGUACAGCCGCUGUUACAGCAACUGGGUGCUGAGAUCUCAGAGGCAGAAGACAGUCCGGAUGAACAGGACAAGACCGCUACUGUCGAGCGCAAGGUGCCAGUGAAGGAAGAGUUUGACCGUGCUGUGCCACCCCACGAGCUGCUGGACUCGUCAGCCCACAAGAGCAAGGCAGAGUUGGCUACCAGGGGAGGACUGGCAAAUAGACAGCUGCCUACAGGCAAGCGUUCCGGAGGUCUCAGCAACAGCAGCUCGGACUAUGGACUGGACGAGAGUAACGAGGGCUCAGAUGAUGAGGAUCGGAGACGGACUUUCGCACAACAGUAUGGGAGUGAAGUCUGGCAUUCAGGUCAACUGGCUGGACCUCCUCCGUCUCUGGCCGAGCAGCUGAAGCAGGUGCUGGCGGAGAGAGAGCGGCGCACUGCAGAACUGACCUCCUCAGCCCCACAAUCCUUGGAGGAUGAGUUCAGUCAGGCGGUCAACGAGGCUAAUGCCAGGAUCAAGAAAGCCUGUAUCCCUCAGUCACUGGGAUCACAGUUCGCGUGGCAGCAGAGUUCUCCAUCGUCCUCAGGCAGUGUGUCCCCCGGCAUCGUCACGGCGGACCCUAGUCCUUCCAAGCUUGGCUCCUCAGACUCAAGUGACGUGUGGAGUCCUCCGCAGCCGUCAGACCUCAACUCCUCGACUGUCAGCGACAAGAAGUCUUCCUCACACAUCUGGCAUACGGCCCCCGUAACUGACUGGUCUAAGGAACAGGUGUGCCAAUGGCUGCUGGCUCUAGGACUAGAGCAACAUAUCCCCCGGUUCCUGGAGCAAGGAGUGGCAGGGACCACCCUCUUAGCCCUGGAGUCCAGGGACCUCAAAAGUCUGGGACUAGGAGGAGAGGACAAACACAGGCUCAAGCGCAAGCUCAAGGAGUUGCGAGUUCAGGUGGAGAAGGAGAGAAGGCAGCAUGACAAAGAGCGGAAGGAGAAGGAACGUCUGCUCAAGAAGGCGGAGAAACUCGCAGAGAAAGCCAGUCGCAGAAAGUAAUCUGGUCAAGACUUGACCGAGGAGACAGUCCCAGGUCCGGCGACACAGAGCAUAUCACCUACUUCUGGUUUUUAUAAUUGUUUUGAUGAAAAUUAGUGUAGCUAGAACAAAGUACAUUAAUGAGCUCUAGAAACGUAGAAACCGUAUUGUACAUUGUGUGUUCAUCGUUUGGUGUUAAAACUAAAUUUACUGUUACUGUCGACAAGUACUUGUAACAUUCUAUGUAAUCCAUUUAGCCAAGUCACUACUGCCAUCGAAACGUCAAGUGCAAUGUCUUUUAGGUGCAAUCGUAUCGUAAUGUGCUGCAUGGUAUAACAGAUCGUUUGAAACUAUUUAUAUUUAAUUUAUUUUCGGUUAGUUCCUACAGAACUUUUGGAAUAUGUGUACUGUAUUAUCGUCGAAAAUGAGGUUUGAAAUCAAAAGGUCUGUGUUGUCGUCUGCCCCGUAGUGUUAGUUAGUGCGUCCAUGACAUUUAGCCGGGGACCCGUGACAUUCCCGAGCCAGCAGUACUUGAUUCCGUUUGUAGGGACCAAGCUUGAUCUCUGUCCCCCCUCGGUGUCUAUUGUAAAUAAUAAGCUUAUCCACCAUGUGAUAUACUCCUAGUGUUAGAGACGAUAUAUGUGUCGCUGUUCGCAACAGUACAGCUUUUUGUGUUUGUAUUCUGGCCGUCGUAAGUGAAGUAAGGUUUUACUUGAACGAUUUAGACUACAUUUUCAGUAUAAGGCUCAAGUAUUAAAUUAAUCCUUAGUUUUACAAUAAUUACAACUAUUAACAGUAUUGAAAAAUACACCAAACGUUUAAUAGCCGUAUCGAACGUGAUAUUAAUUUUCUGGAUUGUCCAUCGAAUUGGUUGUGUUGUUUAAAAGUAUAUAAACGUAGCGUAUGAAACUUACAACAAUCUUAGCUGUGUUGCAUUUUUGUUACGAAAUAAUUUAAUGGUACUAGUUUUUUUACAAUUUCUUUCAUGUAAGAUAAUACAACCAGUAUAUUGUUAAUAAAUUAUUGUAUUAUAUUGUUAAGAUUUUUGUUGUAUCUCUUGUAAUGUAAUAGUGAUUAUUUUAGUCAAUCUUUCCAGUGGCUUUGAAAAUCAUGAAUUUUAUUUGUUUUAUGUUAUUGUAAAUUAACAACCUCGAUGGGAAGUUUUUUAGCAGUUUUUUUUGAAAGAUCAUAGGUUUUAUAGAGAGACUAAUUAAUGCAUUGGUCGAACAAAUCAUAAACAGAGUAAGUUAAGUUGUAAGAUAUUUGUUUGUAAAAACCUCUUUUUUUACCAUCAACUGUUUUUUCAAAGUUAAUAAAACUUAGUAAAAACAGAUGAAGUUUACAACUAACUCUAUUGUACAUUUUAUCUAGACUAAAAUGUUAAUGCAUAACAGUUUUGUAAAUGGUCAUAGUAUUUGUAUAAAAAUGUAUGGUUAAUUUAGAUUUAGUUAUAUAUUUUAAACAUUGUCUCUGGAAGUCGUAAUAUACUACAUUUUUGUAGGCAAGUUUGAAGAUUAUUAAUGUGUAUUUAAAAUUUUAUAAAUAAGUGUAUGAAUACAAUCAAAAACAUAAGUCAAAGCAAAAAAAUGUAAUAUGGACUAGAAGUAAUUUGAUAUUUAUCUACAA